AUGGCCUGGCUGGCCCCUUGGAGCGCCAUCCUGCCCUCCCUGGCGGCCCUCGCGGUCUUCGAUGCCUCGGCCUGGGCCUGUCUCCUCUGCUUCACGUCUUAUGAGGAGCGCCUCCAGAUUUGCCAGAUCUUCACCGGCCUGGACAGCCCCGACCUCGGGAAGUGUGAGGAGGCCUUCGCAGAUGCCUUUAAGGGGCUGCUGGACACGGAGAUCAACUACGAGGAGAGGGGCCAGCUGAAUGAUGCCUUCACCCAGAUGACCCACUCCCUACAGGAGAUGGCCGCCGCCCAGGGGUCCUUUCGGGUUGCCUUUCUUCAUGCCGCGGAGAGAAUGCGGAAGAUUAUAUUACAGCUUAAGGAAGUGCAGGCCUGCAUUCCUCCCUGCGGGCUCCAGGAGGUCACCCGGCGCUUCCGCUGCCGCGGAUGCUACUCCAAGGUCUGCGAUCUCCCGCUUGACUGCCCAGUUCAGGACCUGACGGUGACUCGGGGUCGUCAGGCCAUGUUCUCUUGCACUGUGAACUUCCAGCUGCCUAAGGAAGAGAUCACCUAUUCCUGGAAGUUCGCAGGAGGUCUCCGGACUCAGGACCCGACCUACUUCCGAGAUAUUCCGCGGGCCCAAGGUUACCUGGCGCGGAUCCGGCCGGUGCAGCCCACGCACCGCGGGACCUUCUCUUGCGUGAUCACGCACGAUCAGCGCCCCCUAGCGCGGCUCUACUUCUUUCUUAACGUGACGGGCCCGCCCCCGCGCGGGGAGACCGAGCUCCAGGUCUCUUUUCGGGAAGUGUUGCGGUGGGUGCCGCAGGAGGCGGAGACGAUCGAACCCUGGAGGCCCAGCCUGGGCGAGCUGCUGGCCACACCCGGGGCUCUGACGCCGGGCAAUCAGUGCCUGCUCGCGGCCCUUGUGGCCUUAGCAUCAGCCAGUGUGACCGUGCUGGCGUGGAUGUUUUUUCGAUGGUACUGCAGCGGCAACUAA